AUGUUGCCCUGCCUUCCUUUCGCCUGCCUUAAGACUGCUGGCACCACCGUCCUUCGACCAAUGGCUUUGAAGUUGGUGUCCAAGCUUCAAGUCGGCUUUGACCAAUCAACGAAACCCUCUAUCAACCAAUGGAAUGCCAAGUUUGAUCUUCCUCCUCUCCUCCUCCUCCUCGGCUCCAACAGAGCAGUGGCUAUCAACUUGAACUAG